AUGUCCAUGCUUUUAGUUGACUUCAGAAAUGCUUUUAACUUAGUUGAUAGAUCAGCCAUGUUACGAGCAGUGAGAAAUAAAUUCCCUAGUAUUUCUCGAUGGGUUGAGUUUUGUUACUCUUCCCCUGCAAGAUUGUACUAUGGCUCCUCUACUUUGUCUUCAUCGCAAGGUGUACAACAAGGAGAUCCUUUGGGUCCUCUUAUUUUCUCUUUGACUUUGCAUCCCAUUGCACUGAAAAUUUCUCAGCAGUGCAAACUUGACUUGCAGGCCUGGUAUUUAGAUGAUGGUACCAUUAUAGGAGACACACUGAUGGUUUCUCAAGAUUUUCAUAUCAUCAAGACCGAAGGAGCUGCUAUUGGGCUUGAUCUUAACAUUCAGAAAACCGAACUCUUUUGGCCUUCUUUUUAUGUAAGAAGUACUCAGGUUGGUGUUUUUCCCGCUGACAUAGUUAGACCAUCUGUGGGUGUUAAACUUCUUGGUGGUCCUGUGAGUUUGGAUGCUUCCUUUUGCAGUCAGCUUGUUCUUGACAGAGUGCACAAGUAUAUGCAGUUAAUGGAUGCAGUCCAUAGGUUGGAUGAUCCACAGAGUGAAUUGAUGCUGCUUCACAACUGCGCAGGUGUCUCUAAACUCUAUUUUACUUUGCGCAGUACCGCACCCUGUUAUGUCAAAGAUGCUCAGGAUAUUUUUGAUAAAUAUCUUACAAAUUUUAUGAGAAAAUUGGUGACUGGCGAUGGUCCAGGGUAUGGUUUGUUACAACAUAAGGUUGCUUCCUUACCUAUUAGGGAUGGUGGUCUAGGCAUCUAUUCCAUGUACGAUACCAUGCAGUAUUGUUACUUGGAUUCUUGUUCUCAGACUUUGCAACUGCAGGAGACCAUCCUACAAGGUGCGAGCAUUCCAGUUAAAGGCUUAGCAUAUCAAUUUUUUUUUGACAAUUUCCUUCAGGACAUGCCCUCUCGUUUUGGUAUGUCAAGAAGAGAUUUAACACUUUGGCAGUGUAACAAAACUAUACAUGCACAAGAUUUUCUUCUUGCUAUUCCUGCUGAUGGUUUAGGACAGAAAAUUGGGCCACAUCAGUUUAGUGAUGUGCUUAGCUACAGACUUGGCAUCCCCUUGUCCGCUGCCAAUAGUUCUUGUAUAUGCUGCAAUAGAGACAUGGAUGUUUAUGGUGAUCACGCGCUUCAUUGUGCUAGUGAGGUUGGUAUUAAGUUUCGCCAUGAUCUUGUUAGAGAUACCUUUGCGGAUAUUUGUUAUCGUGCUAGUGUACCUUAUAAAGUGGAAGCAUCUUUGGGGUUCCUUUUUCGUGAUGGUGGUGAUGCUAGGCCGGCAGAUAUCUUGGUUUACAAUUGGGAAGAGGGUCGUGAUACUUGUUUUGAUGUAACUGGGGUUUCUCCCUUUGUUGGAGGUGGUGUGCAAUCCUUUACACUGGGACUUGCCUUGGCUAAAGGUAUUGAGCGCAAGCUGGUUAAAUAUCUUGAAGUAUGUAAUGCUAAUGGUUAUAGUUUUGGUACCCUAGCUUUUACUACUUUUGGUGAACUUGGUAUUGAAAUUAUCGAUUUUUUGAAAAGGUUGAAGAACUACAUAGAUAGGCAUGAUGCAAAUGUAAAAGUUGCCAUUCAUGUAGCUUCACAACCACAAACUCAGUUCAAGUUACCAGUUCCAUUAUCUCAUUGUCUGCAACAUCAACAACCACAAUCAACUGGUGCUCAUCUCUUCCAUCUUAACCAGACAAACACACACAAAGCAUCAACAUCAGGGCAGCAACAAAAUCAGCUACUAACCCAGCAAACUGUACCAUCAUCUCAGACAUAA